AUGCUACGCUAUUUGAAUCACUCCGAUAUAGAAUCAGCUACGGAUAUGCCGGAAACCGAGAGAUUAGUACCCGAGCCUUCUCCACCCAUGCCAGCCUUUAUGCCAGAUGACUACCAGGAUGAUGAAAUCAGCCUGGAAGAUGCCUAUCUCGACACCUACUAUCCUCUUCUACAGCACGAACACAAUCGCUUCCAUGGCCUGUUCGAGACGUCACAAAAGAGCUUCCAACGCCCUCCGGCAUACCAUGGCAACUUGUUGAUUGCCGAAAGAAACAAAUCUCAGUUCUCGGUGAGUGCAUAUUGUUAUAGUGACCGAUGUAGGGUGGGAAUUAUUGAAAAGUUAAUUUUUGGGAAUAAGGGAAUUUUGAGUUGAUAGUAAUUGAUUUUUGAAUAUUUUGUGAAUAUUAAAAAAAAUUUUUUAAUUACUUUUUUAAUGUUGAAAAGAAAAAGAAAACAACUUGAAACUGGAUUUAUAAAAAAAGAAUGAGUUUACCCACCACAAUUGUAUUUAUAAUAGUACUAACCAAUUUUACUGUUUUUCCUCACGCAACCCCUAUUGUAGUUAGUAAUCUACUACUAGUACAAUCCCAGCACUACUAUUUUCCCUUUGUGCACAAACUAGUCGUGGUAAAUAAAAAGCAAUUAGGCGGUAACCUUGCUGCCGCCUAUAAAAGCUAAUGAUAAGGUGGAGAGUACGGCGAUGUUCCAGGUAGUGCCUUUUAAAGUGAUUCCGGUUAAUUGGGGGGAAGAGGGGAGCGCGCGACAUAACGAGCACUCUGGGGGGGGAGAGGGCAGACGUUCAGACGAAGGGGGGAGAGAGGGAAGAAGCCCAGGGAUGAACAUCAGCUGGUCGAAGCUCUUUGGCCCCCGAAUCAAGUGGUCACAAGCGAGCACGUUUUCUUACUUUCUUCUGUUUUUAGCAUCGUAUCCAUCGGCCCCAGCCCCACGAGAUGCGGAUCGGCUCCAGGAAGCGGCACGUGGUCGGAGCCUCGACUCAGUUCGCCGACAACGCCAUCCAUCCUACCAUCCAGGCCAAGCAGAACCAGGUAUGUCAUAUGGUUUAUAAAGUAUCCAGAUUGCAAAUACGAUUUGUUUCAUAGCAUUAAAACUAAUGUGUUUGUUAAAAAUACUUUCACGUAUCUCCUGCAUCACUUGCAUAAUUUAGUACAAUAUUACUUUCACUCGAAUACCAUGUUACUCUAACCCUAAUAUCACGUUAACAAUAUCAUUCAUAUUCGAUUAAAUUUAAACCUGCAAGACCAGAAACUUCUUGAAGGUUGUACUUUUGGGACACCCAUAAAAGUAUAACGAUUGUAGACAGCUAUAAAUAAGAGAGGUUGCGUUCCCCCGGCACCGGCUGGCUUGUACUUAAGAUGUACUUUUGAGCCUUUCAGAAGGAAACCUCAGCGAAUCUGCAGAAUCUGUUGCUUUGUUGGGGACUUUUAAUUACAAUGUUUUUAUGUUUCGUUUUUUUUACUUUUCGGCCGAACAAAAAUGGAAAUCAUUAUGUUUAUAGUGGGGGUUAUGAUGAUUUUUAGCUUUUGAGUUAUGUUUUAUGUCUAUUUGGUCAUUUUAUUUGAUGAAAUGAUGUUUUCUGAUAAUUUUUAUCUGAUAGAGAUGGUUUCAUGGCGUUUGUUUUUUUAUUCUGAGCUGUUUUGGAAGUGGAAACACAACUUGUAGCAAGAAUCUCAGUCAGCUUCCUGAUUCCUUCCUUCUGGAUUCUCUUUAUUCUUUCUUUGAAAUUCUAUUUUUUAAAGCCUGAAUUUGGUUUUUAAUUCAAAAAUGCUUUCCCUUCACAAGGAGUUGACAGCUUCUGCUUUCAUCUGAAAAGACGACAAACAAUGUUUAGUGACAUGAAUCCCAUAAUAACAUGAUUAAUAUCCGAUUCCUUUCUCACUAUCAACUCCCAGACCGUACGAUAUUAUCCACCGGAGUUGAGAUGUGAAAAACCGUAGGAUAUGACUCCAGAAAACCCGUUCGAUUCUGUCACACCGGAACAACAACCCCGCCGAAUCCGGCACGGUGUGAACGUGGACUGACUCUCGAAAAAAGACGGCGGAGCGUUCCACGCGAACGGCCAACCGCCCCUUUGUGCGUCUGGCCCCUCUCCGUGCGGACCGUGCUCCGGCGCGCUUUGAACGUUGUUCUUGUCAGCUGACUGACCAUCAAUAGCGCUCCUUAUUUCCCCGUUCCUCCGGCGUUUUAAGGGCUAACGUUUUCUCUUGUUUUCUGAACAUUUGAAACAAAAAACUGAGGAAAAUGGGAUUCAGAAGCCGGCUAAUCCCUUCCACAAGGGUUGCAAUGUAAUUCUGGUUCGGAAUAUGGGUUUUCGAUGUUAUGUUAGGUCAAAAAUCAUUUUUAAAACUUUCUUUUUGAACUUUUUUGAUAAAUGAACGUUCUUUAUAAUGAAAAUUAAAAAAGUUGAUAAGCUUUACGUUGCGAGCAUUAUCUUUGAUGGACUUUGUCUUCGGGCAGUACUGUAAUAUAGAUUACAUUAUACAUAUCAAACAUUAUAUUAUAAAUUGGAGUUUGGAAUCGAUGAAUGGCCCCAACUCUGGAUGAGAAGACGCCGCUGAAAGGAAAGCCGGGCCUAAGGGGCUCCAAAGUCGGUGUCAUGGGCAGAGAUGUAAGUGUUGUUUAGUUAAGUGUCGGAGCAAAAACAAAGUCUACUUCACUGGCCAGAUAGGAAUAGUUAUUAGUAGUCUUUUGGAAUGAAAGUGGUGAAAAAGAGUUUGAAAAAUAUUUUUUGGUCGAAAGGUAGACUUGAAUCAAAAGAGUAACUAACGUUUAAGGAAACUGGUCUAGAAACCGUAUGUCCAUUUCUAAAAAUAUUUAAAGUUGAAUGACAGACCAGAUCCAAAAACUUUAAACUAUUUUUCCGAACGGUCAUUCAGUCAGCAAAUUUCAAAAAUAGUGACAAAACUAAUUGAUAUCUGAUAACAAUAAACAAUACCACUCCUGACUAUCAGCCAACAGCUGAUUGUAACCCGACCGAACAAUGUCAGAUCACGCUGUUCUUGCCGUGAACUCGAGCGAAAGGUAAAAAGGCGAAAGAUUUUAGAACCAGCCGGUGUCUUUGUGUUUUGUCUCUGCCGUCUCUUCCCCAGGCACACUCUCUCUUCUCAAACAAACAAUAAAACUAAAAAACUUUGUUGUUUUGCUGGUGAGCCCAAUAUCCUGUUUAUAAUUGCAGAUGUACCUUAUAACGACGCUACUGCCGUCGCAGUGCGAGCAGCCGGCUCUGAUCAAUCGCGUGUUGCCUAAGGAGUUGUUGUUAAGGUAAGCUGAAAUUUAAAUUUAAAAACAUUUUUUUAGCUUGAAAAAGUGAAAUUUGAGAGAUCAAAGAGUUCAUUAGGCUUUGGCCAAAGCAAAAAAAUUUGCAUAAUUUUUUAAAUUUUAAAGAAAAUUUUUGAAAAUUAAAGUUUUUAUUGCAAAGUUAAAACUGUAGCUAAAACCAAUUUCCGGCGGAUUAACUGUUAAAUGCUUUAGGAUAUUUUCGUGUUUGGACAUUGUAACAUUAUGCAAAUGUGCUCAAGUAUGUCGUAUUUGGAAUCGGCUAGCCAUGGAUGGAAGCAAUUGGCAACGAGUCGAUUUGUUCGAAUUUCAAAAAGAUAUCAAAGUAAGCAUAUGAUCGCGAAUAUUUUUGCCAAAUUAAUCAAAAAUUUUGAAUAUUUCUCAAAUCAAACUAUACUUCAAAUCGAUUUCAAGUUUUCAAAAUUUUCCAGGGUUGGACGCAGGGCAGGGCAUGGGCCCUGUAACAGGGCAUUUUUGAAUUGUUUUUUGGCGCGCUUUUUUUUAAUUUUUUUUUGGCUAGGCCUAAAAACGCAAAAAUUUCUAGAAAUGGGUUUUAAACACUGCUAAUCCAUUUUACGUUGUUAUUUUCUUGAUAGCUAUUACAGUUUUCAAGAUAUGAGUUUGGCGGGAAAACGAAAUUCAAAAAAAUGCCCUGUUGAAAUGCCCUGCCCUGCGUCCAACCCUGCAUUCAACACUUAUUGAUCAUAUUAUAACACUUUGACAAUUCGUUUUCAGGCGUCAGUAGUCGAGAACCUAGCCCAGCGUUGUGGCGGCUUCCUCAAAGAGCUAAGCCUAAAAGGCUGUGAGAAUGUGCAAGACUCGGCGAUGCGCUCCUUUGCUGCCAAGUGCCCUAACAUCGAAGCCCUCGCCUUAAGUAAAUGCAAAUAUAUCACGGAUGUGUAAGUGACUCUCAAGUAGAUUACAGUCGUUUUUGAAGGACCAGCUUACAUCUCGGUAAAUACUGUCAUCGGAUCACAUAUUUGGAUCUGGAGAACUGCAGUGCCCUCACCGACCGGUCGUUGAAGUCCUUGGGGUAGGUUUGGUUAAAGGAAGACUUUUUUAAAUGGUAUAAAGCAAUGAUUGGUUUGAAGUAACCUUCUAACACAUUCGUGCCACUACUAACCAACUAAUCGAAUUCUCAUUUAGCGAGGGAUGCCAAAGGUUAACGGAGCUUAACAUCAGUUGGUGCACGAAUGUGACGGACGAAGGAGUACGGCAUAUCAUCAUGAACUGUCCUAACUUGGAAACUCUGAUAUGUAAAGGAUGUCGUGGAGUAAGUUACCUUCAAAUAUCUAAUUGAUUUUUUGAACAUAAAGUGGCAUGUUUUUCUUGCCUGUAUCUAUGUCAUCUUACAUCUGUGCUAAACGUCAUCUUUCAGCUGUCGCUCAACUGCUUCAGCGAUCUACAAGGCAAGAUGGGUAGUGUCAAGACUCUAAACCUCUUGUCGUGUAUCUUCUUCAACGAUGUCACAGUAGAAGCCAUUGCCCAGUCAUGCCCUCUACUUGAAUAUCUCUGUUUGUCCAAUUGUUCCGACAUUACCGACCGUUCGCUACAAGCCCUGGCCCUUGGCUGUCCUCUCCUCAAAGAUCUCGAGCUGGCUUCAUGUGUGAACCUGACAGAUGCUGGCUUCAUAAGUUUGUCCAAGAACUGUCACGAGCUGGAGAGGAUGGACCUGGAGGACUGUAUCCAGAUCACAGACACUUCUGUAGUCAACCUCAACAGUGGAUGUCCUAAUCUUAACAGCUUGGCCUUAUCACAUUGUGACCAUUUGACUGAUAAUGGGUUGGCCGAGCUAUGUCAGACCCAUAAGGACAUAAUGAAGGUACUGGAGUUGGACAACUGCUCCCAACUAACCGACGCCGCUCUCGAUCUGAUGAAGCCAAUGAAGAAUCUGGAGCGGGUCGACUUGUACGACUGUCAACACAUCACCAAAGACGCCAUUAGGAAGUUCAAGGUAAACAUAGACUUAAAUCUGCCAUUUUAUGGGUUAGCGAGCUUUUCUAGGCUUAAUAGUAUACGUAAAAAGUGAUAUAUUAGCUUUAAUUUGACCACGUAUUUACCAUCGUAUGUUACAGCAAGUCCGUCCCGACGUUGAUGUGCAUGCCUAUUUCGCUCCAGCCUCGCCGCCUGCUCCAGUCCAGCCACAACGACGGGGUAUAUGCAAAUGUUGUGCCAUUCUCUGA